ACUACCUAACCAGGAAGCAUAAUGCGCCCCUAUGUGAGCAAGUAAACACAUUCUAGCUCAGCCCAGAUACAAACUAACAGAGGCUAAAUUUACCAGGGUGGGGGAGACGGAAAGAAGCGGAAAGGGAUUCUUUAGAAACUGGGUCAUUAAAGGGAAAUUGGUGGUUUAGCUGGAAUGCAUCCUCCGGUCCUGAGAAAGAGCAGAAAGAGAGAGAAUCGUCUUUUGGGGGCUGGGAAUCUCAGUGUGUCUUUCCCUGGGGACAGCAGCAGCUCCUGAUAUAAACCUUUGGCUAGAAAGUUGUGUUUUAUUAUCACAGGGCAUGAAAGGCUGGGCGUUUCCCAUUUUGUGCAAAUACAAUCGGCCGUGCUGAAUCGCUUUUGUGAGUGAUGGGAGAACCUGAUUUGUAAAUAAAUGGUCAAAACUGUUUGGAAGAGUUGUAGAGAGCAGGUUAAAUAAAGAGGCACCUUAAAGACUCCUAAGAUUCGAUUCCAAGGACAGCAAUUCUGGUGGACUCUGAUGUCAGUGAUGGGAAGAAAAGAGACACUGGGUGGUUUUUUUUAAAAGCGCCUUCCUCAAAUCAAGAGAUUGCAAAUAAAACCCCCCUUUUAUUCCUAAUACUUCCAAGUCCAGGAGUUAAAAUAGUUCAGAAAUGCAAAACCCUCUAUAGUUUACGCAAAAGGAGGAAACUGCUUUUGAGACUCUGUAAAAAACAUUUAGUGCGGAAACUUGGGGAAGAGAUUGAAAGAUGUUCGGCCGGUCUGGGUACCAAGCCGUUCCCCUGGGAGAUUUUGACCGGUUCCAGCAAUCCAGCACCUGGCCGAAUGGAUCGCAGAGAGGCCUUUUCUCACUGAAUCGUACCUAUGACCCGUUGGAUCAAUCGCAGAGGGGAUUCGGUGCACCCCAAAGGUGGUUCUCGCAGGUGUGCCACCAGGCGAUCAUUGCCUUCGUGUUUCUGCUGACCGUCCUCACCUUCCCGAUUUCCGGCUGGUUUGUUCUGAAGUCAGUCCCAACUUAUGAGCGAGUGAUCGUGUUCCGUUUGGGGCGGAUUCGAACCCCCAAAGGCCCGGGCUUGGUUCUUCUCCUCCCCUUCAUCGACCACUGGCAACGGGUGGAUCUGAGGACUCGAGCGUUCAGCAUCCCGCCUUGCAAGUUAGCCUCACAAGAUGGAGCUCUGGUGUCAAUCGGUGCCGACGUCCAGUUCCGCGUUUGUGAUCCGGUGCUUUCCAUCAUGACGGUGAACGAUCUCAACAUGGCGACCCGGAUGACCGCUCAGAACGUCAUGACCAAGAUCCUCCUCAAGAAAUCCCUGCGGGAGAUCCAGACAGAGAAAUUGAAGAUUAGCGACCAGCUCUUGCUGGAAAUCAACGACGUCACCAAGUCGUGGGGCCUUGAGGUGGACCGGGUGGAACUGAUAUUGGAGUCUGUGCUCCAGAUUCCCCCGGACGCGGCGGCCGUCUCAGGAGCUUCACAGAGGAACGCGAUCUGUGGAUUGCCAGGGCUGGAUAGCACUAUUCAACAGCUGGCGCUUCAGUUCUUCGGCAAGAGCUUAGCUGCAGCAGGAACUAGUUCCAAGGGACCUCCUGAUCCAGAAAUUAAAAAAGAUCCAGAUCCAGAAAUUAAAACUACGUUGCAGGAAGUGGCGCCUUCCAUUUCUCCGCCCGGUGACACCUCGACCUCAGCGUGGGGAGACAGAAAAUCUUUAGUUGACUCUACCCGUGAUGAGAUCCGACCACAAGUGGAACCUGUGGAGGUACAGAGUAAAACAGGGCCUCCUGCCCCUAACAACAGGACCGUGGUACAGGAUAUCGGGAAGCCCUUCGAUCCUGAGGAGUUCCUGCUCAUCGUGGACGAAUACUUGUCUGAGUCCUUAGUGAACCAAAUCAGAACUUGCUACCAGAUCAACGUUCUGCUGCCCAGGGGAGGACGGAACACCUAUUUCCUCGAUCUUUCCACAGGCCGUGGAAGAACAGGCUGUGGCUCACCUGACCACAGUCCUGACGUCGUGCUGGAGAUGGCAGAAAGUGACCUCGGGCCCUUGGUCUGGGGGGAUCUCAAUCCGCUGAACGCCUACGUCUGCGGGAAGCUGCGGGUAAACGGAGACAUUUCCAGGGCCAUGAAACUGGAACUCCUCUUCAACGAAAUGAAGUAGCCUGGCUGCGUGACUCUGGGCCAGAACAAGAGCUGGGCUGACUUCUCAAGGAUGGUCUGUUUGGAGAGGCGCUUAGCCUGCGUGCACGGCUCUGUACCUGUCUGUGUGCCCAUUUGGCUGAUAGGUUGCCUUGAUCCUCUGACCCCCCCUUUGUCGCAUCUGCAAACUUGGGGGCCCUCGGCUUUGAAUGCACAGAGCCGCAAAGUCCUGGAACCAUCCCACAUCCAGAAAGACCGACGGAGACCAGCCGUUGAUGGUCACUCGCAAGGAAGAUGGAAUGUGUCCAAGUGAUUGUCUGGAAAUAAGGGAACAAUCGAGAAGGGGCAGGCCAAGCGACCUGCCUGCUUACGCCGUUGGUGAAGAAACGCCGCCACAGAAUUCUGCGCAGAGAGCCAAAAUUCGAAUGCCCUUGUUGUUCUUUUAAUCUCGAAGUUUUGAAAUUUGUCUUUGGCACGUCUGGUUUGUUUGUUUUUUUAAACGCCUGGUACCUUAAUUCUUGCUGUUGAAUCUUAAGGCAAUAAACCAGUUAUUUAUUUAUUAUUUACUUCAUUCAUGCCCA